ACUCUGUAUUGUGCAUACAAUAGUCUCCUCUCUCUAACCACGACCAAAGGCGGAGGAGGGCGGUGCGAAACUACCAUGUUAUACCGUGGAGGUUCUGCCCGGGGACUUCUCCGAGAUGUCCGCUUAUCACCCUCCUGCUCCCUCUGCAUCCCCGUUCGCAGGCCGACUCCCACUCUCGACAGCUCCGCGAAGACAAGCCACUUUUUCCGUACAACGACCCCGACGCGUGCUGCUUCACAAUGGCCCGAUGCCAACGAUAAGCAAGCUCAGAAACAGCAACCCCAACCUCCGUUACCCGUAUCGCAAUUGCUAGCCCGCGAGGCCCUUCUCAACAAGCUCUCCCUCCUUACCCCGGCGCAAAUCACCACCCUCCUCUCGACCCCUGCCGAUGCCCUCCCAUCGUCUCCAACAUCGCGCUCCUCCGGCCGCCGGAGAAUUCCCCGGCGGCUGGUGACGGUCAUCGUCGUCUUGGUCGCCACAGUUACCGGCUACAAUACAGGAGUCAACCUGGUGAACGAAUCGGUGCUCCGGUCUUUCGUGCCCGGUCCCGUCGAGUGGGGAGACAGCGACGACGAUUUAGACGAAGCCGGAAACGACGGCCAAGGAGGCCGUAAGACGGAGGGCCUCUCCGUAGGCGACAGGUACCUGGCCCCCAACGUGCGUGCCAUCACGGCCUGGGACCUGUCCAACUGGUACCCCAUAACCGGCACGAUCCUCCCCACCAGCUUCGACGAACUAUACCCUCCCCCCAUCACCGUCUUCGACCACACCUACAACAGCGCCGAUCCGGACGCCGGCCUCGUCCCCUCCAACUGGGCCGCCCACGCGGUCCCCGUCGCGGCGGUGACGCGCGAGGAGGCGGCGAGGACAGGCGAACCGCUCAUCUUCCCGCCGCCCGACAACCCCUACCAGCGCCACCACUACGUGGCCCGCACGUUGGGGACGAAGAACGCGCUCGGCUCGGUGUACCAGGUCUAUCGCGACGCGCGCACGGAUCAGCUGUCCCUCCUCGUCCGUUUCGGCGGCGCCCUUUCCGGCCUGCUGCCCGAUGUCGUCCACUCGGGCGCCGUGGCCACGGUGAUGGAAGAGGCCAUGGCGCGCGUCGCUGGUCGCCGUCUCCUCGUCCCGGGCCCGCACGGCGAGGGGAAGUCGUGUGCGGUCCCGUCCACGGCCUACCUCGAGAUCGACCACCUGGACGUCCUGUACCCGAAGGACAUGGUCGUCGUGCGCAUGGCGCCUGCUUCGGCUGAGUGGGUUGCCACGCGAGAGGCACGAUUGCGGGGGGGGAAGAAGUGGGUGGCCCCGGAUAGCGGUGGGAACCCUGGCCCUCGGUUCGCGCCCGAUGCUCUUGAUGAGUUUCUGUAUCCCACUGCUUUCCGGAAGGACGAUGGGAAGCAGGCGUCGGGGGCUACGACAGCGACGACGACACCCGAGGAUGAUAAAGAUGUUGCUGCUACCUCUCGCAAGGUAUGGAUCACGGCCAAGAUGGUCAAGGCUGAUACGGGAGACGUGGUAUGUGAAGCUACGGGACUGUAUGUUGUGCCCAAGGGGACGGAGCCGAAGCAGAUGAAUCCUUACUGGUGAGCCAAUAUAUCGUACUGCGGGGCUGUAAAGGGUUUGGGGCUGGGAUUCAUUCAUAUGCAUGGAAAGAACAUGGAAAAACAUGGAAAGAACAUGAAAAUAAGUAAGGUAUAAGGUACAGGAGGUAACCUGAUGAUGCCAUUGUACAAGGUACCAUUCCGUAGCUAGGUACGGUACCUUUGCCUCGCGGCAUAUUUGUUAGUUAGGUACGCUUCUCUGUGCCAGUCACUCUUCUCAUGGCCCGUGUCUCUCGUUAUCC